AUGAAAUCAGCUCUCGUCUACGCGGUCUCUCUGGCCUCCUUCGGAAAAUGUAUUUCCUUGCCUCCCAUAAUUCCACUUAUUCCAGGAGUCACUGAGCCUCUGACGGAGAAUGCCCCUCCUUUGCCCAUCUUGCAAGUACCCACGCCUCCUCUGGAGAGCCCACCCUUCACCCCAAGUGACAUCAAGCCAAAGAAGAUUGGCUACUUUUGGACUGGCUCCGGAGACAAGUUCCAUAAGGACUUCCUUGCCACGUACAGUCUUGACGACGACACUUUCGGUACUCUUAUCUGGAUAACGGAUGUCCCGUCCAGCGGCAACGACCCGCACCACCUUGGACCAUCUCUUGACGGCAAGACCCUAGUUGGUGGUGGGCUCUUGUCGCUGUUGAAAACGCAGGAUACGGCUUUCUACUUCGACACCACCAACCCCUACCGACCAACAUUCAAGAAAAGCAACCGUGCCCUCCUCUCGUCCAUUGCAGAUGAGAUCCGCGCAAAGCCAGAUGGCGGAUUCUACAUUACAUACAUGGGCUCCGCAGUUGGCACAUCGCCAGGACGUCUGGUUGAGACCGACGCGGACUUCAACAUCAUCCACGAAUGGCCCGAAGAUGUAGAGGGAACGCUCAACAUUCUCGAGGAGCAGUUCUCUCCCCAUGGUCUGAGCAUCGACUGGGAGAGAAAUUUCAUUCUCACCUCUGACUUUGUUGAGCCUAUCAGUAUAUUGAAACCAAGCACGGGAAUCCGCCGCGGGAACACCCUUAGACUGUGGGAUUUGGAAUCUAAGAAGAUUCUCAACACUAUUACUAUCCCUGACGGCGGCGGUAUUCAGGACGUCAAAUUCAUCCCCGGAAACCCCGACGGUGCUGCUCUCGCCACCGCAGUCCACCUAGGCCAAGUCUGGAUCAUCUACCCUGGACAGAAAGAUGCCAAUGGCAAGCCCGGCAGAGCGGAACUUCUCUAUGACCUAGGCCCGAAGGCUCGUGAUACAGUCGCAAUCUAUACGGACAUUUCCCAAGAUGGCCGCUUCAUCUACCUCACUCUCACCACAGCAAACCACAUCGCAGCCCUGGACAUCAGCGAUCUAAACAAUGUCAAGCGCCUCGACGACCCAGACGAGGAUCAGCCAACUGUUGGCCCGCACUAUGUCAAGGUGACGCCUGACCAGAAGCAUCUGGUUGUCACGGAUUAUUUCGUGCAGACCGGUGACAUAGGGUUGAUCAACACUCCGGCUGAUUUCAAGGCGCUGUAUAUCGACUUGAAUGAGGAUGGUAGCUUGAGCUUCAACCGGUCGAUUGAUUUCAGUAAGGAGUUUCCGGAGCGAGGUGGCGCGAAGCCGCAUUCUAGUGUCGUGUUUGACUUGACGGAUCCGGAGAAUCCUCUCUAUUACUGA